AUGCUGACAUGUGAUCAUAUUCUCAGAAAUCAUUGGAACACAUUUCGUAUUGUCUUAUCACAUACACUUGAUGAAUGUUUUUAUCUUGAAACAAAAUUAGACGAUACAAUUCAUGUCAUCUAUCAAGUACUUAGAGGUGGUGAUUCCCUUAUACGAGUCACAGUAACUAAUUCAUUGGGUCGUCUAGCAUAUACUCAAGCUAAUACUGCCUUUGGUUGGUAUGAUGAAGAGAAUUCGAAAGUUGCAGGUGUACUUGCAAUUCAUAAAGAUCGUAUUCUGGAAGCAAGUAUAAAUACAGCGAAUGAGAAGAAAGCUAAUGAAACUGCGAUUAUAGAAGAAUUUUCUACGAAUACUAUGCAAUCACUUCUUACGAUUUCAAAAGGACUUUAUCGUCUUACUGCUUAUCAAACAAUAGAACGAGUUCAACAUGCACAUGAUUUAUAUGCGGUUGAAGCUAAUGCAAGUUAUGUACAAAAGUGGGCUUUAUGCCAAAUCAUAGCAAUGAUUGUAUGUUCAAUAAUUCAAGUUUUUAGUAUUCGACGAUUAUUUAAAUCAACAAUAUCCAGUAAAACAUCAUUGAGUAGAAAAUCUAAUGAAAAUUUCAAUCCACGAACAUCACCAUAUUUUAUUCUAGCUAAUUAA